GUCUCUUUCACACACACACACACACACACACACAUAGAGACACGCACACACACGCGCACACAAACACAGUGACAGGAGCACGCACGAGCGGAAUACUAGCUUGGCUGAAACUUUGAUCACAACUUCAUAACAAAGCCUUCAGAUGUCAGGCGCUCUCUGAGUCCUCGCGCUUAAACUCGGUUUAACGUACGGUUUCAACGCGUUACAAAUGUAGGAUAGGAGUGUUUACUUCUCACGAAACUUUUUUUCCUUUCCUCGCUGCCGUUUUUCCUGUUUUAAGCCGCGCUCUUGUGCGCGCCGUCGCGCCUGAGUCACUCGCGCGCCGCCAACUCUAUGUGACGUUGGGCGUUUGUCGGUACCAUGGCGGAAGCGGCCCAACAGCAACAACAACAGCAGCAGCAGCUGGUCGACAUCGACCCGGACUUUGAGCCCCUGUCGCGGCCCCGAUCAUGCACUUGGCCGCUGCCCCGGCCCGAGUUCACCAACCCCGCCGACUCGAGCACGUCCUCGCCGGCCCCGUCUGUCAAGCACGAGCCGAGCGGCACUGCGGACUUCCUCACGAGCCUCAGCCUGCUUGAAGAAUCCGAGGACUAUGCUGACGACAAGCCGCUUGUCUUGUGCCCAGAUUUCCAGUGCCAAGAAAACUGCGGGCACCGGCAGCAGCAGCAGCAGCAGCGGCCGCAGAUCUCCGGCGCUCCGCUCCCCCCGCAGCAGCAGCAGCAGCAACAGGUGCCGUUACUUUCCUCCUCUUCCACAGCCGCGGCGGCGCAGAGGAAGAGCGGCUCGGCACGCCGCAACGCCUGGGGCAACAUGUCAUACGCUGACCUGAUCACCAAGGCCAUCGAGAGCUCGCCCGAGAAGCGCCUGACUCUCUCGCAGAUCUACGACUGGAUGGUGAAGAGCGUGCCUUACUUCAAGGACAAGGGCGACAGCAACAGCUCCGCCGGCUGGAAGAACUCAAUCCGGCACAACCUGUCUCUGCACAGUCGUUUUGUGCGAGUGCAGAAUGAGGGGACGGGGAAAAGCUCAUGGUGGAUGCUCAACCCAGAGGGCGGUAAGAACGGCAAGUCACCUCGCCGCCGUGCCGCGUCCAUGGAUAACACCGGCAAGUUUGCCAAGAGUAGAGGGCGUGCUGCCAAGAAAAAGCUGGCCCUUCAGGGUGGUCCUGAUGCUGGUGCUGAGAGCCCAGGCUCUCAGUAUAGCAAGUGGCCCGGCAGCCCCAACUCGCACAGCAAUGAUGACUUGGAGGCUUGGACAACGUUCCGCCCUCGCACCAGCUCCAACGCCAGCACGGUGAGCGGCCGUCUUUCACCCUUCAUGCCCGAGCAGGAUGACCUGACUGACUCAGACAUGCACAUGGUCUACUCGGGCCCUGGCUCAUCCGCCAAAAUGACCUCAACUCUCCCGAGCCUUUCGGAGAUGACAAGCUCCUUGGGACAUGGCAGCACAGAGAAUGUGAUGGAGAACCUUCUGGACAAUCUCAACCUGCUCUCGCCAAAUAACCCAGGAUCAGCUGGAGGGCCCAGUUCAAGCUCUAACCAAUCAUCCCCCUCCUCUCUAUUACAGAGCAGCCCUGGAUAUGCUCCGUACAGCAACCAGCAACCCCAACAAGACUACCGCAAGUGUAUGUAUGGCCAGGCCAGCAUGGGAAACCUGUCCUCUAUGUCCAUGCAGACUCUGGAGAGCAAGCCCUCUUUCCCAGCUUCUUCUGGAUCCAUGGGGCAGUUUAACUGCCCAGCGGGGCUGCUUAAGGAGCUCCUGACCUCUGAUUCAGACCCACAUACAGACCUGAUGCCUUCUGUAGACACCGUGGUCUCCCAGACGGCUGGCAGAGGAGGACGCAUGCUGCCUCCUUAUGGUAGCGGGCGAGCCGAGCUAAUGGGGGGUGGAGCCUCCCAUGGCCAUGUCCUGUCUCACUCACACAGCAUGCAUGGCCAGGCGCCACCUACCUCUGUGGCUCUGAAUGGGCGUCCAAUACAUCCUAUGAGCAACAUGAGCCACGGGGGACGUAUUGGGUCUGUCAAGUCAGCUAUGCAGAUGCAAUACGGGGCCUCGGGUCACAUGGCAGGAGGUGGUGGGGCAGGAGGGGGAGGACUCCCCUUCUGCAACAUCAAUGGCAAUGGCUAUGGCCCUGGACCAAGCCUGCCCCCCAUUCAGCAUAUGGAGAAGCUGCCCAGCGACUUAGACGGCAUGCCAGUGGAGCGCUUCGAGUGUGACAUGGAGUCCAUCCUUCAUGACACACUCAUGGACGGAGACACCCUGGACUUUAACUUUGACUCCAUGGCAAGCCAGCCGGGGUUCCCGCCACAUGGGGUCAAGACCACUACUCACAGCUGGGUGUCUGGAUAAAGGUAAGACUUUCUGCCCCUCAGACUGGAGAGUAAGAGCCCAAAGAGGCAAUUCUCACCCAUUCAAGCUAUGCUGUCUUCUCUUGCUUCUCAUCACGGACAUUCUCCUGCUUUAGCCCUGCUCAGCCAUGGCUGUGAUGUGACUGCACAUUGCCAAGGACGUUCAUUCAGUUGGGAGCUGAAGGAGGAAGCUCCUGUUCAAGCAUUGCUAUGCGCCUUCAAACCAAGUGCCAAACCAGGUGCCUGUGCUCCUUAGCCAACGGAAAUGUGCUUUAUUUUGCUGCCUUCUUCUCACUAUAGAGAACCAGUGGUCAAAUCAGGGCAAAAACAGUGUGGUCCACAACUAAGACUCACAUAUUAACUGCAGCACACAUACACUUAUGCAACUUCAGAUCAUCAUGGUUAUCACAACAAUCAAAUUCUCUUCUAAAUUCACACUGUGAUCGGGUGACAUCUUAAAUUAAGGCACCUAUCCUUAAAAUUCAUGCCUUUUAUCUUCACCAGCCCUUUAAAUUGACCAUUGCAUGGUGAUGUACACCUUUUCUUUACCUGUCUAGCAUGCUGUUAGAGUCUAACCUGCUGCCUUUUGCUUUCUAAUGUCUACAUGCAGUGCUUAAUGCCAUAGAUAGCUCAAAGCUAACCUUAUUGGGAAAAAGAACUGGAUACUGAAGAUGAGUGUACAUAGUUUUAUCUGGAGAAGGUCCUUUUUUUUUUUUUUUGGCAGGACCUGUAAGAAGUUUAGGAAAAACUCUCUGCCUACUUGGACUAUGUUACAUGAAUUAUUACAACACUUUCUGUUUUCUCCUCAAUGUGUUUGAACCGCAGCAGACGUAGUUCAUUUUUAACGAGUGUAUUGUGAUUAUGUCAUGUACAGAGCGUUUACACGGAGAAUUCAGCAAUCAGGGCAGCAGAUUUGAUGUGUUUUGUAAAUUGAAAGAAACUGGAUCUGACACUUGACAUUUUGGUUGGCUCAUUCUCACUCAUGACUGUGUACACCUUUCCACAUUUCCUGUAAAUAUAUGGUAAAUAUAUAUGGCAGAAGUAUAUAGUUGAUAUGUUUGAGAUUUUGUUUUUGAAAUGAUGUUAUUGUUUUUGUGUAUGGUUGGCUUUAGCUGAGGUUAGAUUAAGCUUGUAUAAUGCAUUUCAACAGUGUUUUGGGGUCCUUAAAGGACAGGUCCACCCAUUUUGCAAAGUUUCUUUAGGCGUUUGUAUCCUGAAAGCUCUCUUACAGGGUCAAUAUGUAUAAUUUUAUGGCCUUGGGAGCUCUAUUAAUCAAUUGUAUAUGGAAUAUACUGCCAUCCUAAGAUGCUAUGAUUUAGUAGUAUACCAGUGACCAGUCUUUACCCUGUCGACUCCUGUUAUUUGACUUAGCAUGGUAGAAAUUUUGACAAACUGUUAGACAUGUCCUUUAACAUUUCUCAUAAGGUCCCUCACUGACGAGUCCUGAUGUAGUUAAGAACUACAGUGCAGAUGGGCUCUUAUGGACCACCAUCUGUGCAUGCAGAAAAACUACAGACCUCUUCUUUUAAGAAAGUGUAGGGAAAUGUAUUUAGUUUAUUUAUUAGCGUGAAGGAGAAGAGAUGUGAUUGAGUCACGUCACAGAUUAACAGAUUAAUCACAAGUGUGUUCUCUCUCUCUCUCUCUCUCUAUCUAUCUAUCUAUCUAGCUCUCUCAAAAUUGAGGCACUGAUAUACAUGCCAAUAUUUUGUGAUGUUCCCUGAUGUUUACUGAUGUCAGAAAAAAAGGAAAAAUUGCCUUUCUCAAGAAUUGACAACUGGACCCACUGCCUGUCAUCUUUCUUUCACUUCCUUCCCUCCUUGCUUUUCAGCUGACUUGUCUCACUAUCCUCGUACAACCAUCAUAAAACCCAUUAGCCUUCACUUUGUUUUGUUUAGUCUGGCUACCGUGCUAUUCACUUUGUACACUGUACUAAACUCUUUUAGAAUUAUUGAUAGUUGCCCAGUUCAGAGAAAACUGAGGUAUCUUGCUUUUGGAAAAUCAAUAUCAUACCAAGUUAUAUACAAUAGUUAGUGUUAUAUUAAUAUAGUCAGACUUAUGUCAGUUUGUUCACAUAUUUUUUUGUUUGUUGUAUUUUUGAGUUUCAUUAUUGGCUGGAACUGAGAUCACCGAGGACACCAAUUGUUCUGACUAAACUGAAAAUCCUGAAAAACUGGUGUGCCAGAGUGUAAGUCUGAAAGUUCUGGCACAUCUGGAGACCUGCUGAAUGUGUCACUCAUGAAGUGCGUAAAACCGCAUGUGUUAAGUCUAGUGGAUCAAAGGUACCGAUGUACCUUCUGCCUAAUCUUAAUAUUUGAAUAUCCAAAAGAAUUAAUAAGCUGAUAUUUGGUUAACUACUAAGGAAGAAAAACAUGUUUUUAAUAUGACAUAAUCAAGUAUCGUUUUUUCACUGCCAUUUUUUUUUUUUCACUGCAAAAUGUUUCUCUUUGUAAAAAAUGAAAUGAUUCACAGAUUGGCAUGCAGUGGUGCGCUUGGUGAUAUAAGCCUGUAGUUUAAGACUUUUAAUGGAGGUGUUCUGAGCGUUAUUGGGAAAGUAUUUUCAUUAUGUGAACUUCAUAUCUGACCACCCGCCUUUUUCCCAUGACUUUUUUCAGUCUUGAUGCACCUCUAACUUGCACACCGAGUUUCUACAUCAGAAUAUUUCCCAACAUGGAUUUUUUUUUUUUUUUUUCAUAUUUUCCACACUGACUUCUUGUGGUCUUAGGGCGUAACAAAUACCCACAUAUUUGAUUUCAGUAUUCAAAUACUGGCAUCUCUGUAACAGAAACAGUUAAGCGGUUAUCCGAAUACCCUGUGCACAACCCUAAUCUAAGCGUAUAAUCACAAUCAGAGACUGUUACUCAAAUUCCCCAAUCAACCUACAGAAGGCUAUGGUGGUAUCAGUAAACCUUUAGAGAUGAGUAUAUAUUACAUAAAUUACAUAAAUCUCUAUUUCUCAAUAUCACUCCAUAAACCUCCUAGUAUGUCAUCUUUCCGGGAUGAGCUUCUGAGAAAUGAUAUGAAUUAUUUAAUGAAUUUCAACAGAAAUAUCAUAUGAAAUCAGACCAACAUUAUGAACAUAAUUAAUAUGAUUUCCACAGUGAUUUCUUAUCACACAUUUUGGUGGUUUUUUGCUCACUGUUUACUCAACCUCAAAAGAUACAUUGUUCCUGUUGUACAAGGAUAGUAUUCUCUCUCUCUCUCUCUCUCUCUCUCUGUCUCUUUCUCUGUCUCUUUCUCUGUGUGUGUGUGUGUGUGUGUGUGUGUACAGUACUGUGCAGAAGUCUUAGGCAAAUGCAAAUAAAUGCUGUAGAGCAAAGAUGCCUUCAAAAAUAAUGAAGCUAAAUGUUUCUACAUUAAAAAAUACUAUAAAGGGCAAUAAACAGUAAUAAAUGAAACAAAGUCAAUAUUUGGUGUGACGACCCUUUCCGUUAAAAAAAAAAUUAGUAGUCUCAGGUACAAUUUGUGCAGUUUUAUAAGGAAAUUAAGUUAUUAAGGAAAUUUUAUUAAGGAAAUGGUAAGUUUUACUGAGCAUCAUGCAGAACCAGCCACAGUUCUUCUGGAGACUUUGACUGUCACACUUGUUUCUUAUAAUUGCAUGCAGCAAAAACUGUAAUGUGUAAUAACUGUAAUAAACUACAUAACAUGCUGCUUUCUUUACUGACAUACCAACAUUUUUCUGUAACAUUUAAUUGUGUGCUGGAAAACUAAUGUUUGGAAAUCUAAAAUAAAAAAUCUGUAACAAAGUUUGUACUAAAAAAAAAAGAGUGCCUAAGACUUUUGCACAGUGUGUGUGUGAUUAUACACUUAUAUAUAUAUAUAUUACAAAACUUUUUUUUUUUCUUUUUGUGCCACGGAGUACCAGAAAAUUAAAUCAAGACUUGGCCGAGUCAGAUACAAGCUUAUUCUGAAGCAUGGUAAAUAAACAGUGUUUUGUUGAAAUGUUAAGCAGUACAUCGCUGAAAGACUUGAAUCUGUCCUGCAGGCUGAACUCUGACUUUUUGAAUACUGACAUAUGUAACAACAAUACACUUUAGAGCUAUUUUAAUAUUAAGUGAAAGCAUCUGUAUUUUAAAGUGAUAUGCAGUGACUUCUCUUUAAAUGUCAAACAGCUGUGUCACCGAAAUACUAUUAAAAUAAUGGCAUUUGAUUUCUUUACAUGAGGUUAGCGUGGGACACGCAGGCAGCAGCUAAAAGACUCCCACAUAUCUAUUACAGAAAUGAUUAAUUAACCUAUGAGUUAUACUUCUUGUGCAGGCCACGCAUCACAAAGAGGACUAUAACAUAGAAAAUGUCUACUAAUAUUAUUGGAUAAACCAUAAAAUGUUUUAGAUAUGGGCAAGCUGACUUGUAUUGUAUAUGCUUUGUUAAUUUAGCAAAAGCUUACACCUAUGCAUUCUUGUACUUCAUUUAUUACUUUUGUUACCUUUGGUUUGUUUUUACUGAUGACAAUAUAUUUCAUGUACUAUGGGCUUGUCGAGAAAUUAUGAUGUUAUGAAAAAAAUAUGAAGUAUUUAGACAGUAGAUUUACAUGUAAAGCUUUUUGUAAACUGACUCUGUUAUUCUUGUAUUUUACAGCAGUUUUUAAAUUAAAUAUAGAAAUAAUAGAAAAAAAAUAGAAAAUUCCUAAACUAAAAGUAAAUUUGAUAAAGAUGAAUUAGUAAUUUGUGUAUUCAGAUUGAGGUUUGGACCAAUUUUUUUUUAGAAGAGAAUCUAUAAAUUAAGAUGUUGCACUUUCAUAAAGAAACAAAGCAGUGAAGAUGUGACCUAUUUUGAAACAAACUGUUACAUUUCUUAACUUAUGUACAGAAAUUCACAAAAAAAUUCUAUAUAUCAAUGUGCAAUCAAUGUAUGUAUAAAUAAUAAAUCUAUAUACAAGAGAAAAUGAUAUUGUUUGGAGAUCAUUAUGCUGACAUUUCCUUACUGAUACAUGUGUCUGUCUUACUUUGAGAUUGCUGGCAGUAAGUGACUGUCUUUUAGCCAAACAGUUUGUACAGUGUGAGGCUCUCUAAAUUACUUUUUCCUGAUGUGCUUGUUUUCCAAUACAACAACCAGAAUAUGUUGCUGCUGUAUGAAGCCAUAUAUGUAUAUAAAUGAUCUUAAACCAAGAAAAA